UGUCGGUGUCAUGCAGUGACGUGACGCAUUCAAAGCGACAAGAGCCAUAGAUAGCGCCUCCCCCCACCUAACAGCUAUUGUGACUUCGACUCUUAACAGAGGUGGUGGGGCCUUUGAGGCUCUCUCUUUUUACUUUUACUACACACUUUUAUCGUGUUUGCGGGUGAGCCCCUUUGUUUUUGCUUGACUUCCUUUGCCUUUGUCUUUUGACCAUGUUCAAGUUGAUUUGUGGUUGAGAGUUGCUUUGUGUUAAUAUACAAACGAGUAUGGAAGUGAGUGUGACACAAUCGUGACAGGUGAACAAAAUAACAAAGGCGAAAAAAGCAAAUUAUUAAAAACUACUCCUACGCCGACGGGUGAAAUGUGAAUUAAUUGUUUUUAACUGUGAAGUCGAGCAACACCGUGGAAGUUUUUGUGGAAAAAAAUGUACUCAAAAGAAUGUGUGAGCUGUGUGGCUCAUAAAAGUAUGCAAUGAAAAAUUACGGCCCGAGAAAUUGAUUAGCCUUAAUUGAUGGUGCUUGACGAGUGUACGUACUGGGACUUGUUUUGAAGUGGCUUUGCAGUUAGUGGUGUAUGUACGUUUGUGUCACUGUGCAAGUGUUUGGGGCAAAAAACAAAUUGCCAAAAGUUGUGUAUAAAUGACAGAAACUUUGUAAAUAGCUGUUAAAAACUUGUUUUCCUGUAGCAUAUGUAAUUCUUAAAGCAUACUUUGUGGAGCUCAAUAGCACCAAGCCACUAUGAAAUCCUUGACCUGAGCCAAUGCCAUCGCUGAAAACUUUAACAAACUCAGCAAGUCAUAGCAAUGGCGGCGAGACAAGUUCAUGUAACACCAGCGACAACAACAAUAACAAAGAGAGCUAUAAUGCAACAACAAUAACAAUGACAAAUGCGAAAACAAAUACUUCGUGUUGCACUUAAGAGAAACGAAUAAAGAAUCAUCAAUGUUUAAACUACAGUUAUUCUAUGAAAAACGACGAUUUCCUGCGCAAAUAUUAUCCUGCAGCAGAAGAAAAUUUCGAACAUUUCUAUGCAAAUGGAUGCGCGUACGUGGCGGCGUUGCGGUUGCUGCAUUUGUUGUGGAAAAUUUGAGGCACACAGGGCUUACAUAAAAAAAAAUAACAGCAAAUUAAAUGCAAUACAAACAGCAAAAGCCACUAUAACAACAACAACAACAACAACAGCAACGGCAACCCAGCAGUUAGCGUUUACGCUAAAAACAAAAGCGCACAGCAACCACAACAACAGCGCAGCAGCUGUGCGUGUAAUAAGUUUAGCAUACCAACAACGAAAAGCGGCGGGGAGAUUGGCUUGUCAAAGGAAGAAUAAGUGGCCACAAACACAGCUGACUUUUGCGGCAGCAACCGGAAGCUGUAACCAUAGCCGGAUCAACGUUACCCGAUCCCACCUGACAAGCGUUCGUUUCACUUUAACUCUGAUUUCCUAUGCUAAUGUUGCGUUUGUUAUUUUUGCCCUAACGGAGUUACACUUUGCUGGCAGCUAUAAUCCAAACGUGGUAGUAGCUUUUGCGGCAACAGCAGCAGCAGGAGCAACCAUUCAACAAACUCAAACGCAUCUACCAGCAGCCAAUUUUUUAGAAUUUGUUGUUGGAAGCGAACAUUUGCCACAGCAGCUCGCACCGUUAACAACAAUGGGCUCCUGUUUCGGGCGUUGUAUGGCAAAGGAUGCACUUGGCGGCGGCAGCGGCAGCAGCGGCAGCUCGACCAGCACCACCACCGCAACAUCCUGUUUGUGGCGUCAAGAACAUGCAACAGAUGAACAAGAAGCGGAACUCGUAUCGAAUGCGAGCGACAAAUGCCCGAGAGAGAAUUUCAUAUAUCGAAUUAUAAAGUUUAAAACGAAGCAAAAACGGCCACAGUUUAUCGACAAAUUCUGGGAACAGCAAGACCUGCAAUACACAAAGCUAUCCAGUAGAAAUGGAACUCAGAG